UAGCAAAAGCCGCAUUUUUUACGUAAACUAAUACAGUUUGUCAAAUCAACAAGUUUUUAUAUGUGAAAACUGUGAAAGGAGGUAGAAUUGAAGGCUUUUAACAAACUUGCAAACAAACGGAAUAUGUUUUACACAAUGACGCUGCUCACUCGGGGCUCCAUCAUCGGUUCGCUAAUUAGCAAAGUCAGGCAAGUUGUAGCCAAAAAUAAAGACACUUCUUCCGCACCGACAAAUCAAAUUAAAUCAAACAAUUUUACACCUACGCCCAGACCAUUGGGUGCUGCUGGCAUUAGCAACAGUUCGGUGCUGCAGGCGCGGACGCCAGAGGAACAGAUUGGGCUACCGCCACGACCAAAGAAGCCGCUGACGCCAUAUUUUCGCUUCAUGCGCGAAAUGCGCCCGAAGUUGAUUGCCAAAGACCCAAAGAUAAGCACCAUUGAGGUUGUGCGGCAAUUGUCGAAGAACUGGGUGAGUGUGGAUCCCAAGAUGAAGGAGCGCCUGCAGUCCGAGUACAAAAUAGAUCAGGAGAUUUACCUGGAUCAGCGCACCAAAUACGAUGCAAAGCUGACCGACGAGCAGCGCGCCGAGAUCAAACAGAUGAAACAGGACAUUAGCGAUGCCAAAGAACGCAAACAGCUCCGCAAACGUGUGAAGGAGCUGGGACGCCCUAAGAAGCCGGCAUCCGCCUUUCUGCGAUUUGUGGCCAGCGAGCGAACAAAUACGCCGCAAACACCACAACAAACAUAUCGCGAAUGGCAUCAGAAAGCCACGGCCAAAUGGACGCGCCUCUCCGACGAUGAGAAGGCCGUCUACUUGCGGGAAUCUCGCAAGGAACUCGAUCAUUACAAAGCCGCAAUUUCUAUUUGGGAGGAAAAAAUGAUACGACUGGGCCACAUCGAUGUGGUGCGCCAUGGCAACCUCAUCGAUCCGCCAGAGCCUAAGGCACGGAAGUCUCAAGUUCCAAAAGCCAAAUAAUCUGAAGAACAACACGUCAUCUAUCAUCAUAUGAUUUUUUCAUAAAAACAAUACUGUUUUUAAAUUUGAAAUUGUUAAAUUCUUAAUUCGUCCUCAUCAGUAUGAAAUAAGUUGGUCCUUUCAGUUCUUAUUAUUAUUUUUGAAUAAUGUAAAUAGCUUCAGCAUCAUGUAUUAAAUAAUUAAAAUGUUAAUUAAGAAAAAA